AUGGGUUUUUGUGAUUUUGAGUUCUAUGUUAGCAUAGCAAUCAUGAGAUUCUUAAAGUGUAGCAAGGUGGAGGAACUAAAGAAUAAACAGGUGCCUUCAGGGGAGUGGCAUUGUGCUAAGAUUAUCUUUGGUAAUGGGCACACUUAUAGUGUUAUGUACGAAGGUUCUCUCGAAAUUACAGCUGAGGUAGUUGUGGAGAGAGUGCCAAGGAAGGCUAUUAGGCCUUGCCCUCCUCCCAUGGAAACUAUGGAGGAUUGGGCAGUUGGAGAUGUUGCAGAAGUGUUUAACGUUGGUUCUUGGAGAAUGGCUAUGAUUCUGAGGGUUUUGGGUGGGGAUUAUCAUUUGGUUAGGCUAUUGGGAUCUUCUGAGAGGUUCAGAGUUCAUAAAUCUAACAUCCGGGUGUGUCAAGUUUGGCAAGAUGACAAAUGGGUUGUGAUCAGAAAGUCUAAGAGUAAGGAUGUGGCUGUAACCCUUAGUGAUGGUGAAGUUUCUGAUGAUGAGUUUGGAUGUGACAAGGAUGGAAACUUCAUUACUUUCACUGCUACUACUAUAGUCAAUGAAAGCAUAUCUGCUGAAGAGAACCCUUCUGAUGGGGAACUCUCUGAGGACGCAGAUCUUCAAGGAGCCUACAAUAAACUUUGCAAAGGUUCUUGUAAUUCUUUGCUUGUGAAGUCCAACAAACCAUCUAGCUUGAACUUUCAUCAGAUGACCUCUGAGUUUCUGCCACGCGAUUCAAGGAAAAAGAUGCAGGUAGGAAAUACUUGUUUAGCUGCUCAAGACAAUACUUGUUUGCAGGAGGCUCAUGUUGUCUCAUCCAGAACAUUGAAGAGAGCGUCCCCUUAUUGCUCUACUCAUACUGAAGCAUAUUCUGGAAAAAUGAGAGGAAUUGAGAAAGAGGGUGAGCGUCAAAGAGUCAUUUCAGAGUCUACAUCCCCCUUGCUGAAAAAGGUAGAUGCUGUAGCUUACCCACAAGUAAAUCUGGGUGAAAAAUACACGCAUGAUUCCUUUAAUAAACAAACAACCGGAUAUUUUGAUUUGGAAAGGGUAAAUCAGAAUGGUUCUAUUUUGAUUUUUCAUGGAAGAAUUUCGGAACCAAUUCAUUGUGAUGGUGAUGCGUCUUCUGUUGGUAGUUGUAGUGUUGUUACUGAUAGUUCAAAUAGGUUGUCAAGUCACACUUUAUCAUGUCCUCCUCAUGAUGCCAAUACCCUUAAUAGUGAUGCAGAUUCCUGUUAUGAUUGUAGAGAUGAGGAAGGAAGAGGUCCCCUCUCUCUGAAAGAUAAUUUAGCAACAAGCAUCAAUAGAUUAGAGUUGCAUGAUUAUCGCAGCACUCUGGAGGCAAUAUAUGCUUCUGGGCCCUUAAGUUGGGAGCAAGAAGCUCUAUUGACAAAUCUUCGUGUUUCAUUCAAUAUUUCGAAUGAUGAACAUUUGAUGGAGAUAAGAAAUCUAAAAUCAGCUGCGUAUGGCCUUCAUCUUAGUUAA